AGCGCUCGUUUUUUUUCUCCUUCGCCUUUCCUCCUCAGCAUCCACCUCAGUGAUGGCGUGUGUCUGUGUAGCUUGGGCGACUUAGGCCUAACUCGCAGGGCCAUUCCCCAAAUCGCCUCACUUUCCCGGGACCUCUGUCCUUUGCCUCUUCCCUCUUCAUCCUGCCGUUCAGGCUGCUUGGAUACAUUCCCGUUGUCGGGAAAGCUGGGCUCAAGGGCUUCGGAAGCAGGGACGUUCCGCUUCACUGGGGGAGCCAUUCGGGAAUUAGCAAUGGCCUACCCCGACAUCCUUUAGCCACUUGGAAUAUUUAGAAUUUCUGCGUCCGCCCGUGUUUCUUUAUCUGCCGGUUUCCCUCCGUCCUUGGGGGGAGACAGAGGAAUGAAAAUCUGCAAUCAUGAUGGAAGGACUGAAAAAACGCACCAGGAAGGCCUUUGGGUUACGAAAGAAAGAGAAGGACACAGACUCCACGGGCUCACCUGACAGGGAUGGAGGGAGUACCAGAAAGAAAAAAACCAACGGGGCUCCAAAUGGCUAUUAUGGGGAGAUUGAUUGGGAGCGAUAUGUGGCUCCGGAUGUGGAUGCUGAGGGCUUCAGCCUGAGACCUGGAGAAGAGGGGGAGACAGCUCCCAGAGGCAAGCAGCACUUCUUCUCCAGCGACUCGGAGGACGAGGACGACAAGAGGAGGUUCAAGAUCAAGAUCAAGCCGCUGCCCUCGGACACGGCCAAGUGCGCCGUCCCCUCCGUGGAUGAACUGAAGGCUUCCGUCGGAGGCUUGGCCCUGUCUCCCUCACUGAGGAGAAGUCCGAGACGCAGCCCGGGCUCCAUGAAGAGACAUCUGUCCUAUGAGGAGAUCGCCAGACCCAGACGCUCCACCCCGACGCCUAGCCCCGCCCCUGAGAUGCAAAGUGAGAGAGGUUCCCAGAAUCGCAGAGCGUCGCCAGCCUUCUUCGGCCCUCCUCCAGAGUCCACCAACGAGAUAUACCGAUACGACAGUAACAGAAAUGACGUGGUCUGUCUGGAGGCCGACGCGUGGGCUGUCUCAACGUUUCCCGAUUCCCCGCUGGCCAGAGGCUUUCCCACAGGAGCUCCGCCUCCAGUGCCUCCCAAGAACAUCUCAGCCUCCAGUCAAGCUGAUAUACCCAAUGGAAGAAUAGUUCCAGUCCCAGCCCCCAUCUACCUGAACAUCCAAUCCCCAGCCUCAUACAGAGGGUCCCCUGUGCCUGACCUGGACGAUGUAUUCGGUCCUAUGGAAUCCUCCCGGACCAAUGAGGACAGAGCUUCGCCCCGAUGGGUCAGCUUCAACAGCGAGAGACCGCCCCCACCCGACGAACCGGCCCCUCCUCCGCCCCCUGCCUCACCUCCUCCCGACUCACCCCUCUCCUCCCCCCCUGACUCUCCCUGCCUCUCACCAGACUCCCCCUGCCUCUCCCCAGGCCCCCCUCCGGAUGAGCCUCCUCCCUCCCCGCCGCCAUUCUCCUCUCCCCCGGACUCGCCCAUCUCCAUCAUCUCCAUCCCCCCUCCGGACGAACCUGUGCCCCCUCUGCCCCCCGACUUCCUGCCCCCGGACACCCCCCUGUGCGUGGCCGUCGAUCCUAGCCUGUUUCUGGACGAUGAGAUGCUGGAGUACUCCUCCUCCGCUCCGCCUCUGGGCUAUCCCUGUGCACCUCCCAGUCCCGCGCCUCCCCCGCUGCCGGCGGAGCGCACCUCUCGAGCUGGGGUCCCUUCGCCUCUGGUGUUCCUGAGAGAGGGGCAGCAGGACUUCGUGGCCUCGCCCCUGGGCGUGACCCCGGGCUUCAGAAGCCCACCGCCCCCACUCCCCCCGCUCACCUACAGGUCUAUAGUCUCAUCUCCUGGACCCGGCUCAGGCAGCAGCCCCUCCUCUCCAGCUCGGCCCGCCACGCCCCUUUCAGGCGGCAGUCCGAUCCCUCCACCUCCUCCUCCAAGACCCUCUUCUCGGCCCAAGCUGCCUCCUGGGAAACCAAUAGGAGACCUGACUCGACCCUUCAGCCCCCCAGUGUCCGGCAGCCCCCCUCCGUUUGCACCCCUGGCCCGGGCCGAAAGCUCCUCCUCUAUCUCCUCCGUCACCUCACUGAGUGCAGCCUCCACCCCCACCCUGGGGAGGGAACUGAGCAUAUCCACCGCAGGAUGCUCAAGAGGACCCAGCCCACUCACCAUGGGAGCCCAGGACACUCUGCCUGUGGCGGCUGCCUUCACCGAGACCAUCAACGCCUACUUUAAAGGAGCUGACCCCAGCAACCGGCAAAGCGACCCUCAUCAGAAUAAAUGCAACAAGUGCGUGGUGAAAAUCACUGGGGAGAUGGUGCUGUCUUUCCCAGCUGGCAUCACCAGGCACUUUGCCAGUCACCCAUCAGCCCCCGUGCUCACCUUCAGCAUCAGCAAUUACAGUCGCCUGGAGCAGGUCCUCCCCAACCCACAGCUGUUGUGCUGCGAUACCACUACGUCCAAUGUGGACACCAAGGAAUUCUGGGUAAAUAUGCCAAACUUGAUGUGCCACCUGAGAAGAGUAGCUGACCAGAAGCCUCAAGCGACAUAUUACAACGUGGACAUGAUCAAAUAUCAAGUGGCAGCCGAGGGGAUCCAGUCAACUCCCCUAAACCUGGCGGUGAGUUGGCGUGGCGACGCCAACAGCACGGACCUCAGAAUAGACUACAAGUACAACACAGAGGCCAUGGCUGCGCCGUCACCCCUGCACAACAUACACUUCCUGGUCUCUGUGGAUGGAGGCGUGGCCAGAGUACAAAACAUGAUCCCUACUGCCCACUGGAACCCAGAGCAACAGAAGAUUCUAUGGAAGAUACAAAACCUUUCCCAGAGGUCUGAAAAUGGAGGAGUGGGAGCUCUGCUGGGCAGGUUCCAGUUAACGGAGGGCCCCAGUAGGCCGUCCCAGUUGGCAGUGCAGUUCACCAGUGAGGGCAGCACUCUGUCAGGCUGCGAUAUCCAGUUGGUGCGGAGCGGAUACAGGCUCUCACUGGUCAAAAAGAGAUUUGCAGCAGGGAAAUAUCUGGCGGACAAUUAGUUACCACUGUUGCAAAAUGGCCCCCUUUCAAACGCACCAUGGCUUUUGUCUGAGGAGGACGACACAGCCAUGGAUUCCUUUUUUGAUACGAUCUACCAACCGAGAAAACCUUCCACUUUCCAGCAGGGAAGGGUGGAUGAUUGGAUGAAAGGAACCACAGAGUGGGAUGUAAUAGACACAGUUCACCAGUGUAUCGCUUGUUUGCCCAUAUGUAGUCUCACUUGGGGUUAUGCAAUUAGUCACCGACUUUUUCCCCUUUGCUCACCCUGAGGGGCUGUUGAAACCAAUAGAAUGAAUUUCAAACACUUCACUCCCGUUAAGCUAGGUAAUUUAUAUCCACUUUUCAGCACAUACAGUGAUCCAGCCUUAUUUGUGCACACCAAGAUGCACUGAAAAUAUUUCCGUGAUUAGAUAGAUAACAUGAAUUGAUAAUUCAAUGAGAAGAAUUCCACACGUUAAGUGUGAUUAAAUUGUUUUAAUUUUAUUGAUGCUUUCAUUUUGUUUAUUGGGUUGAUAAUUGUACCAGGACACUGAUGCCCACAACUUGGAAUCAACAUGGAGGAAUGGUUGUUGUGUGGUCAUUGUAUGUUUGCUUGGAGGACAAGUGCUAGGUGGGAUUAUCCCCUUUUUCUGACUGUGGAUGGCAAAAACAAAGGAGGCUGCCUUAAAAGCUUUGGACCAGAGUCGCUGAUUUUCUGGGUUUGUUUGUCCCUUCUGAUUUUUGUGACCAUCUACAGGAGUCUUUACCCAGCAAAACCGAUUGGACUGGCAUCAUUAUGCUAGGAAAGUGGUUGAAAUAUGUAAACACAG